CGAUUUAGACAAAAUUUUGCAUUGAGAUAAUUAAAACGAAAACUGAAAGAGAAGUUAGGCGCCAUUUUUUUUUCUCUUUGAAUAUAAGACAGCUGCGAUACAGCUGAUUAUAGAUAAUGAAUCAUUGAGAUAAUUAAUCCAUCAAUAGAAAACAACUUAUAGAACUCUAUCGAUACGUUUUCACAGAGUUUCUCUAGGGAUGAAUUUUAUAAUGGACGGUUUUCAUUUCGAAUUCAGAUAAGAUCAGGUGCUUGAUAAAGAUGACAAAACAGGCCCAUCUUACGUAGUCAGCAGCUAAUUCAAAUAAAAACAGCGAUUAGUAUAGUUCAGAAAAUUGAAUUCUCGUUUUCUAAGAAGUAUCGUUUUCGACAAUUCUAGACAUUCGUGCUUCGCAGGGCAUUUCGUAUUCGAAGCGAAGCUCGAAUACCAUCUAGUUUUUCUUUUACUUUCUCGACGUACGCAUGUCAAGUCGCCAUUUUGUGUCGCGAUGAUCUCGAGAACGGAAAGUCAGAAAAGCUUCGUUGAAACGUGAAGUGAAAGAAUCGAGACGGAACCCGUGAAAUCUUUCAUCAAAUCAUCGAAAAGAUCCCGAAUCUACUCAAAAACUGGUUUCCUAAAAGAUGAUUUUGAACAAUUUUAGCUUUGAGAUAAUUAAAACGAAAAGUGAAAGAGAAGUUAGGCGCCAAUCUUUUUUCUUUUUGAAUAUAAGAGAGCUGCGAUACAGCUGAUUAUAGAUAAUGAAUCAUUGAGAUAAUUAAUCGAUCAAUAGAAAACAACUUAUAGAAAUCUAUCGAUACGUUUUCACAGAGUUUCUCUAGUGAUGAAUUUUAUAAUGGAUGGUUUUCAUUUCGAAUUCAUAUAAGAUCAGGUGUUUGAUAACGAUGAAAAAACAUGCCCAUCUUACGUAGUCAGCAGCUAAUUCAAAUAAAAACAGCGAUUAGUAUAGUUCAGAAAAUUGAAUUCUCGUUUUCUAAGAAGUAUCGUUUUCGACAAUUCUAGACAUUCGUGCUUCGCAGGGCAUUUCGUAUUCGAAGCGAAGCUCGAAUACCAUCUAGUUUAUUAUAGAUUUUUGUGUAAAAAUAAAUUGUUUAUAGGAAAAGAGUUUUAAAGAGAUAUAAACAGCAUUGUUGUGUUUCCAUUACAGUUUUCAGAUGUAUUUUUUCGAAUCUUCUUAAUGUACAGUACUGGACAAAAUUUUUCCUACAAUUUUGUUUUGAAUGUAACUCCAUUGAAAACCUCACUUUAGAUUCGAGGUUUUUUGGGCUACAAUAUAUUUGUCAUCUACAGUUUAUUUACACAACAAAUUUAACUCAGAAGAUUGAGUCGUACUUAAACUGAACUUAUAAUAUUCUAAGGUAAUCUUUUCCUGUAGAUGAAAUUUUUCUCAUACGAAUUUCAAAUCAAAUUAUUUUUCUUUGAAAAUGUUUAGAAAAAAAAAACAAAAUCUAUAUGGACUAAUAGAAGAAAACAUGAGCUACAUUUUGGCAAUCGAAACUUUUCUAAGUAAAACUUUCUAUGAAACAAUUUGACUAAUUUUCCGGUAGAUAUGAAUAUGGUAUAAAUGUCAAUUCUCUAUCUCCGUAAUUACAUGAAGAAUUCUUUUAAAUACAACAUACGAGCCAAAUUUCUUAUUAGUCGUUACAUACACAUUAUCGAGAUUCAGUCUUCAUCAGCGAUUCUAAGUAUGACGUCGGUUUUCACAACAGAUAGCGAUGCGCAUACACUAUCAAAAAUAGUGUUCGUCUUCAAAAGUCAUCUUGAAAAACAUUGUCUCAAUGAUUUGACGUUGUAUUUAAAAAAAAAAUUCUUCAUGUGAAUACGGAGAUAGAGAGUUGACAUUUAUACCAUAUUCAUAUCUACCGAAAAAUUAGUCAAAUUGUUUCAUAGAAAGUUUUACUUAGAAAAGUUUCGAUUGCCAAAAUGUAGCCCAUGUUUUCUUCUAUUAGUCCAUAUAGAUUUUGUUUUUUUUUCUAAACAUUUUCAGAGAAAAAUAAUUUGAUUAGAAAUUCGUUUGCAAAAUUUUGUUAACGAAAAAAAUUACCUUAGAAUGUUCUAGGUUCAGUUCAAGUACGACUCAACUUUCUGGGUUAAAUUCGUUGUAUGGAUAAACUGUAGAUGACAACUAUACUAUAGCCUUAAAAAUCUCGAGUUUAAAGAGAGCUUAUUAAUAGAGUUACAUUGAAAACAAAAUCGUACGAAAAAUUUUGUCCAGCACUGUAUUUUUUUAAAAUAAAUUUGAAAUGAAACUUCGUAUAGAGUUAGAGAAAAUAUCACGGUGAAUCUGAAUCUUUCGAUAAAUGAAAAAGAUAUCUCAAGCAAGGGAGAAAGAGCUGAUACCAUGCCUCCUUCAUUCCAAGUGAUUCCAUUGAUUCGAAGUGAUUUUACUGAAUCGAAUUGAUUCUAGCCAGAGAUGGGCAGCUUCGACCUUUCCUCGCUCCAGCUCAGCUCUAGCUCCAAACAUCCUCUAGCCGCUCCGCUCCGACUCCACUCCAAUCAGAGUAUCUUCCGCCCCAACUCAGCUCCAGCUCCAGACACUCGCUCGGUCGCUCCGCUCAAGCUCCGCUCCAACGGAAAUUAAAAGUCAUUAUUUCAUUAGAAAACUUUGGUUUUUUGACUCCUUCACAGAUCACUUUUUUGUAUUCAUUAAUGACACUCAGUUUCCGUUGUAAAAGAUACAAAUGGAAGAGGAAAAGGCACAGUUCUUAAUAUCUGUCUGACAUUUUCUCGCUCCAGCUCCGCUCUGGAAGCGAAGCUAGCUCCGUGGAGCGGUCGCUCCGGACUCGGAGCUGCCCAUCUCUGAUUCUAGCCACUGAGAAUAAGCUGUUUUCCCCUUGAUCUCAAUUCCAUAAACAAAGAUAAAAUCGUAAUAUUAGAAUUUAUCCUGAUCUAUCUUCUUUUUAUUAAUUAUUUCGAUAGAGAAAAAGCGAUGUCAUUCUAGUUUUGCGUUUGAAUCCUGAUUACGGAUUUUUUUUGUUCUCUUAUUCUAAGCAUUAUUUUUUGUCGAAUAAAAUCUUAUAAUUUAAAAUGAUUUUUAUUUAUAGUCAUUCGAUAAACUAAGAAAAAAUGCAAUGACUACUGUUCAACAUGCCGAAUUUUGUCUUACAAGUUGUCAUACUGGUUCAAAUGAAUCAAUUCAUACAGGAAAAAAUCUGGUAUCCACUCUCAGUAGUUAUAUGCCAAAUUUGCAAACAUUACGCCUUUGGCGAGAUGAUGAUUUUCCUUGGACAUCAAUUCGACCAGAAUAUCCAGCAGGACAAUUGUAUCAAGUUUUGACUAGACAAUGGAUAAAAUCUUUAGAAACACCUGAAUCAAUCGGUAAACCCCAGACAGAAAAAAUAAUGGUGUAA